AUGCACGACUUGAUGCAUGAUCUUGCUCAAAAUGUGGCUGGAGUCACGUGCAAGUUUGCAAAGUCUGCAGAAAGCAAUUUUAAUGAUAAAAUCCUCCACUUGUCCUUUGCUUAUCAGUGUACUUUCAUGCCGGAAAUCCCAAAAGGCAUGCUUAAUUUGAAGCGGCUGCGUACCUUUCUUUUGCCGGAGCAAAUAUAUGAUGGGUCUACCUUCAGCAAAUCAAUAUGCAAACAGAUAACAACGAGGUUUAGCUGCUUGCGGGUGUUGGAUCUACAUAAUCUCCACCUCAAGAGUUUGCCCAGUUCAAUUGGUAAGCUUAUUCACUUGAGAUUCCUCAAUUUAUCUCACACAGACAUUGAAGAACUCCCUGAUUCAAUCACAAAUCUUCAUAAUUUGCAAACACUAAAUCUAUAUGAGUGUUUGCUGCUUAGAACACCACCAAAAGAUAUUAGAAAGCUUACCAAUUUAAGGAACCUUAAUGUUGCUUCUUGUUACAACUUAACUUACAUGCCAUCAGGGUUAGCAGGAUUGACUUUGCUGAAUAGGCUGCCGAUGUUUAUAGUAAAUUAUGAGUAUUUGGCACACUUAAGGUACAAGCCCAACAGUACUACUAAAUUGAGUGAUCUAAAAGAACUCAAUAACUUGAGAGGUGACCUUUAUAUUAAGAUCCAUAGAGAUUUUGAGAAGAACAUGCUAGAAGAAGCAAUGGAAGCAAACUUGAGCAACAAACAAUGGCUGACUGAAUUGAGAAUAACCUUUAACUUUGAUUAUAUAGCUGAUAAUAUUUGCAAUUACCAUGAUGAAGAUGUGCUAGAGGGCCUCAAACCACAUUCUAAUUUAAGGAAACUGUGGAUUGAAAGGUACAAGGGUCAGAAGCUCCCAAGAUGGGCGAGGGGUGAUUUGUGUAUAACUCUUCCUUCUUUGGUUGAAAUUAUACUUAAGAAUUGUAAUUGUCAACAAGUCCCUAUCUUUAGUCAACUACGUUUCUUGAAGCGUCUUGAGAUUAUGUGUAUGGAUAAUGUGGAAUAUAUAGAGAAUAAUGGUGUGUGUGACACUUCCUAUUUAUCAUCAAAAUCGCAAGGGAUGCAAACUCUAUUCUUCCCAUCUCUUGAAGUACUUAGGUUGACAGAAAUGAAAAAAUUAAAAGGAUGGUGGAAAGUAGAAGAAAUUGAGAGUACAAAUGAUUCAGAAAGUACAUUGUCAUCCGAAUUAGUAGGGACAUGCCAGCAAUAUGGUCAUCAUCAAUUAUCCAUGCAAACUAUAUUCUUCCCAUCUCUUGAAGAACUUAGGUUGAAAGCAAUGAAAAAACUAAAAGGAUGGUGGAAAGGAGUAGAAGCAAUUGAGAAUACAACUGAUUCAGAAAGUACAUUGUCAUCCAAAUUAGUAGGGACGGGCCAGCAAUAUGAUCAUCAUCAACUAUCCAUGCAAUUUUGUAAUCUCUCAAAGUUACAUAUAUUCAAUUGUCCGGAAUUGAAAUUCCUGCCACUUUGUCCGAAAGUGGAGGUUUUGAGACUAAUUGGCACCAAUGAGAGGCUCUCAGUAUUGAAGAUGGCAACAAGUCUAUCAACAACGACCGCAUCUACUUCUUCUGGUUCGGGAAGGGCUGAUUUGAAGUUGAAGAAGCUGACAAUGGAUAAUGUGGAAGAUCAACUUAUGUCCCUCCCUAAACAAUAUCUGCAACAUCUUUCUUCACUAAUUGUUGCCUGUGAUCGCAAGCUGGUGAACACUGAAAGUCUAGGAGAAGCGUUUCAAACUCUUAUCUUUUUCUCUCCAAUAUUUGGAAUUCGUGUGCUGUGA